AUGGAGGGCUUGUAUAAAACUACACCGGGUAAACGAGCUAGCAUCUCCACUAGUGCUGCCAGGAGGAGGCCAGUUGCUGAGAAGUUUCACUCACGAUAUCAACCACGACAUUUAGCUGACAAUCUUGCAGGUAAUGGCUGUCACCAUAGUAACAAGAGAACUAGGUCACAAAUUAGCAGGCGAGCCAGUAGCAAGACCAGAGCAAUCAGUAUUUGGACAAGAUCCAGCCGAUCUUGGCAGAUAGUUGACUGGUGUCCAGCUCAUCAUCGUUAUAGGGUGCGAUCCAACAGCUCCUCAGGUGGAUCAUCACGAUCAAGAUCCCACUCACCCGUAGACUCAAACAGAGGCCAGUCUUGUGACUCUGACUACAUUGAUGGUAACUGGUCAUCACAAGAACCCUGCCGCUAUAAGCAGGAAGCCAGAUCUUUGUGGAGGUGGCGCUGUUGUCGCAGCAGAGCUUCACUAACCUCCCGCAGGCCUCGCUCUCCAUUGCCACAUAAACAAGUCAAGAACCAUCACCCAGAUGGACUGGACAUCAUCAAGCAGUUGUUUGCUCCCCUUGUGUUGCCCUCAUCGGUGACAACUGUCAUUGCAGCUCCAGUGACCGGGACCACCAGCACUGGACAAGGUAAUGGUGGCAGUGGUGCCAUCAACAACCCUUCAGUUGGUAACUCUAUUGACAACAAACAUCCUUCUACAGCCACAUUAUCAUCCCCUGAGAAAGCCAAAAAGGUAAAUGGAGGACAGAAUUUAUUUGCUCCGAAUAUGGGGGACAAGAACAAAUCUGAGAGCAGGGGCAAUAAUGAGUCUUCUUUUGAGGCUAAUACCAUGUCUCUGCCUCCUCGACCACAGAAUCUGGCUAAUUCUAGAGUAGGGAAUGCCAGAAUGGACGCAGGAAACUCGGAGCACUACAUGGGGCCGCCGGCUCGGUCAGCCAAUCAUUUUGGUGACCACCCUGAUCAUAAUAUGCAGAGAGAAGAGCAACGAUACGAGCCACACUUCAACAACAUGGGCUACCACCCUGGCAUGGACCACUCCUUCCACGAGGAUGCUGGCUAUGAGUUUUAUGGAGCAGACUACGAUUACUUGUACGAUGAGAGAAACGAUGAAUAUGGCUUUGGGAACGAGCCGUAUCCUCCUCAUCUGCACCAACGACAUCCUGGUCCCAACACAUAUUAUCCCAGAAGGCCACCACCACAAGGCCCCAGGGGCCCGCCUCAGAUGUUUGCACCAAAUGAUCGUGGUUACGGACCUCCGAGACCUAACAUGGGGGGCCCGUCAUCUCGGAUGGGUCCUAAUGGGCCAGUAGGUUCUAGGGGGCCUAGAUCACCAAUGGGGCCACGAGGUCACAGACCACAAGGAGGUCCAGGUGGACCACUGGGACCUCCUGUCAUGAGGGGUCCCCCCAGGGGAUCACCGUACGGUCCACCCAGAGGAUCACCAUACGGCCCUCCAGGACCAAUGCGACCACAGGGGAUGAGGGGGCCACCAGGGCCAGGUAUGAUGGGGCAGGCCGGACAUGGGGGACCUGCGGGACCACGACCCAGACUAGGACCUCCUGCACGUAUGCAGUCACCAAUGCCUAGACAAGGUUCUCAACCCCCAGGUGGACCCAGGCCUCGAAUGGGGCCGCCUCCCCCCAGGGAUGACCAAUACCUGCCUCAGCGACCAGCUGUUGUGCCCCCUAACACAGGGGACCCCAGUUUCUGUAAUCCCCUGCCAAACUUCAGCCAGCCCCCUCCCAACUUUGUUCCAUCCACUUCAUCAUUGCCACCAUCCACAGCAACUGCAGCCAGUGCAGCUCAGAUAGCGGACGUGGUGGCCCCACCUCCUCCAUUACCUCCCCCCAAACCACCCACUCCAAAACCACCACCUCCCCCAAAGAAGGAGGAAGAGAAGAAGGAGGAAAUCAAGCCAAUGACACCGUUGAUUCCUCCAGAGCAGGCUGAACAGUACAGAAAACUUCGGGAGCAAGCCAGGAAACAUGCACGCAAGCAGCAGAGGAAACAGGAGCACCAGGCAAAGGGGGAGCCUGAAAGCAGUGAUGACGAUGAUGAAGAAGCAACAGCUAAGAAGAAAGAGUAUGAGGCCAAGUUGUCAGCUGAGCGGGAGGAGAUGGAGAAGGCAGCGCUGCUGGCUGUAGAAGAUAACGGAGCCUUGCAUUUUGAAGAAGGGGCAACAAUCUUGAUGCCAGCGACACAGCAGACGUUGAUGCAGCAGCCAACCAUGAUGGUUCAGCACCACCCACUGGCCACCCAGCCAUCGUCUUACGGCUUGAUGCCAGCCUCUCAUUUGCUGCACGCGGCUCACCCAGGCCUGCAUCCUAGUCAGCUCCAGAACCUGCAGUUCAUGACCUCAGCCGGACAGCCACAGUUGGUACAGCUGCCCAAUGGUCAGAUGGCCUACGCAAUGGCUGCACCAAUGUCGUAUCAAACCGGGGCUCAAAUGAUUGCCAUGCCACACCAAGCCACGAUGUCGGCCGGAGCAAUGCCUCACCACGUGUUGUUCUCCCCAGGGGGCAUGCACCAGGUGCCAGUCACCGCUCACUCUGGUCUGACAGUCAGCGGCUCUCAGUACAUGGCUCAUGUGAUGGCUUCACAGGUACAAGCAGCCCAGAUCCAGGCUGCACAGGCAGCCCAGAUCCAAGCGGCCCAGGCAGCCCAAGUUCAGGCUGCACAAGCAGCCCAAGUUCAGGCUGUGCAGGCAGCCCAGAUUCAGGCUGCGCAGGUGGCUCAGGUUCAAGCUGUGCAGGCAGCCCAAGCUCAGGCGGUGCAGGCAGCCCAAGCUCAGGCUGCGCAGGUGCAGUCUGGUAUGUCAGGCAUGGUGCCAGGUAUGCACAUGGCCCAGCAUGUCCUACCAGCCAUGCAUCCUCAAGGACAGUAUAUCCUGGUGCCACGGGUGGCCAGGCCACAGAUGUAA